ACGUGGUCGCUGCUUCAACAUGCGUCCGGCGCAGAACGGCACGAUGAGUACAUUAAAGAACAAAAAGAGAAAUAUCGAGGAAAAAGAAGACGAACAGCUGCCCAUCUUUGACAAGGACCAGAGUAAAGAUGCUCAUCUAGAUGACAAUGAUGAAGACGAGGCUGAUCUGUCUGACAGUGAGGAGAGCGUCUUCUCUGGACUUGAAGAAUCAGGUAGUGACAGUGAUGAUGAGGAGGAGGAGGAAGAGGAGGAGGAGGAGGAAGAAGAUGGUGCUGUAGGAAAGAGCACUGGUGUAGAAGAAAAGAAGAAAGUCAGUGGAGAUGGAGAUGUUCAACUGUGUGACAAGGAUGUCAGUAAACCUCAGGCCAAUGGCCAACAUUCGAAGGAAAAGAAGAAGAAGAAACCGAUCAAAUCUGCAGUACAGGAUGGCGGUAAAGAGAGUGUGGUGUCCGACAGAGACAGCGGCCUCAUGAUUUCCUCACAGGUGGACGAGUAUGAGCAUGAUACAUCAGAUGAGGAGGACAUUCGUAACACAGUGGGCAACAUUCCCAUGGAAUGGUACAAAGAUUAUCCCCACAUUGGAUAUGACCUGAAUGGCAAGAAGAUCUUUAAGCCAAUCAGGAACAAAGAUGAGCUGGACGAGUUUCUGGAUAAGAUGGAGAAUCCUGAUUACUGGCGUACUGUCCAAGACAAGAUGACCGGUUCAGAUAUUCGCCUGUCCGAUGAGCAGGUUGACCUUGUGCACCGGCUGCAGGAGGGCAAGUUUGGUGACGUCAGCUUCAACGAAUAUGAGCCUGCAAUCGACUUUUUCUCCAAUGAAGUGAUGAUUCACCCAGUCACUAACAGGCCUCAGGACAAACGAAGCUUUAUCCCUUCACUCAUUGAGAAAGAAAAGGUGGGAAAGUUAGUCCAUGCCAUUAAAAUGGGUUGGAUCAAACCGCGCAGGCCCAAGGAGACCACCCCGGUGUAUUACGACCUCUGGGCCAAAGAGGAUCCAAACAGCAUUCUGGGACGCCACAAGAUGCACGUCCCUGCGCCAAAAAUGAGACUUCCUGGACACGAGGAGUCGUACAACCCCCCUCCAGAGUACCUGCUGUCAGAGGAAGAGAGGCUGGCAUGGGAGCAACAGGAUCCAGAGGACAGGAAGUUGAGUUUCCUGCCACAGAAGUUCGCCUGCCUACGAGCAGUUCCCGCAUACUCGCGCUUCAUUCACGAACGGUUCGAGCGGUGUCUCGACCUGUACCUGUGUCCUCGCCAGCGGAAGAUGAGAGUGAAUGUGAAUCCAGAAGACUUGAUUCCCAAACUGCCCAAACCAAAAGACUUGCAGCCAUUCCCAACCACACAGUCUCUGGUCUAUCGUGGACACUCCAGUUUGGUUCGAAGCAUCAGUGUUUCUCCGAGUGGACAGUGGCUCGUAUCCGGCUCCGAUGAUUGCACGGUGCGUUUCUGGGAGGUCAGCACAGCGCGCUGCCUGAAGACUGUGGAAGUUGCCGGGGCCGUGAAGGGCGUUGCCUGGAAUCCCAACCCCACCGUCUGUUUGGUUGCUGUCAGCUAUGAUGACACUGUACUCCUCGUGAACCCUGGUCUGGGCGACCAGCUUCUGUGUAACGCUACGGAUCAGCUGAUCUCAUCCUACGAGGAGCCAGAGGAAGUGAAUGACCAGCAUGUGCAGUGGACCGUCUCAGAGGGCGAAGGUCACGAGCAGGGUCACCGUCUCACGCUCAAACACCCCAAGGCUGUAAGGCAGGUGACGUGGCACGUGAAAGGAGAUUACCUGGCGUGCGUGAUGCCCGACAACAGCAGCAAUCUACAGGUGGUGAUUCACCAGGUGAGCAAACGGCGGACGCAGAACCCCUUCCGCAAGAACAAAGGCAUGGUGCAGUGCGUAUCCUUCCACCCGGUCAGGCCCUAUUUCUUCGUGGCAACGCAGCGCUACGUACGUGUUUACAACCUCAUCAAACAGGAGCUCACCAAGAAACUGAUGACCAACUGCAAAUGGAUCUCAAGCAUGGCCAUUCACCCGGGAGGCGACAAUGUGAUCUGCGGCAGCUACGACUGUCGUCUGGCCUGGUUCGAUCUGGACCUGUCCACAAAGCCUUACAAAGUUCUCCGACACCACAAGAAGGCUCUGAGGGGCGUGGCCUACCACAGACACUACCCGCUAUUUGCGUCUGGUUCUGAUGAUGGCAGCGUUAUCGUCUGUCACGGGAUGGUCUACAAUGAUCUGCUUCAGAAUCCUCUGAUUGUUCCUGUGAAAGUUCUGAAGGGUCACACCAUCACUCAUGACCUGGGCGUCCUGGACGUGACCUUCCACCCGACUCAGCCCUGGGUGUUCUCCUCCGGGGCCGACGGAACCGUCCGUCUCUUUACCUAGAAACAGCGUCCAUGGCUUACAAAAACCUCUCUCCGUCAGGAUUUCUAAACCAGAAAUCACUCACCAUUUAAGACUGAAGGAGGUUUCAGACUCCAGAACGUUUCAAGACAAAUCCAUCACGCUGCUCCCUGAAGACAUCAAGAUGUUGCUGGCAGAAAUCAAGCGCCUGAUCUUAUAUUGAACAUGUCAUUAUAAUAUGUGUUAGAGCUGUGUUUUGCUUUUUUAAGUUACGAGAAAAUAUAUCCAGCCGUGUCUAGAUUCCCACAGGACUGUAGUCCAGCGUUACUGACACUGUAAAAAGAGAUGGGUUUGGUUUCAAACCCAAAACCGUAAGCGCUCGGGAAGGCCCGUUUCUGUAUCGGGCUGUUGGUGCCCCACAGCAAAUCAAAUCCAACCGCUAAUCCUUGGGCUAGGAAGCUGAAUUUGAAAUAAAACAAAAAAAAUUGAUAAUAGGCCGUGCCAAAGCAAACAACACAUGACACAAGCUGUUCUUGCAGACGUUUGCCCUACAAUUACACCUCCUGUAGUUUCUAAAGGGAUAGUUCACCCAAAAAUUAAUGUCAUCAUCUACACAACCUCAUGUUGUUCCAAACCUUUAAAGCAUAUCACUUUGACUCAUUUUUGCAUGGAACGUGAAUGGAGAAUUAAAGAAAAACUUCAUGUGACUCUCAGUACAACAAUAUUUUAAGUGACCACAUCUUCCAAGUGCCAAAAAAGCACCACUAAAGUAGUCCAUUCGACCGUACCAUAGGUUUGUGUGGGGAAUGCUAUGGUUCAACUUCUCUGAAAUGAAGUUGUUAUUUAAUAAUUCAAGUCCGCCAAAACUCUCAUUACAUAUAUGGUCACUAUAAACUAAAAAUAAAAGCAACGAAAAGCCUGUUAUAGUUUUGUUUUACACUGAAUAAAAUAGCAGCAUACUGGUUUGAAAGAUGAAUUUAAAAUGACAGAGAUUUCAUUUUUGGGUAAAAUAUCCCGCCAAGUCCGCCACCCACCAGUGUAAACGACCAGACGUCCCAGUUUGCGCUCUAUUUUGUAUUUCCUUUACUUGUUGACUUGUGAAACCCUUACCACUUGUAUUUCAGAGACCAGUUCCUUUUUAAUUAAACAUGGUGUUCCU